AUGGCGGCGAGUCAGGGAGGUGGUGGUAACAGUGGGGGCGGCGGUUGUGGUGGAGGUGGAAGUAGCGGUGGCUGUGGCGCGGCCGGAGGGGGAGGUGGCGGAGCCGGAGUGGGAGGCGGCGGCGGCGGCGGCGGCGGCGGCGGGACCCUGGUGGUGCCCAUCCCGGUACCGACUCUUUUCGGUCAGCCGUUCCCCAACGGGCCGCAGUGGAACCCGGGGAGCCUACAGCCUCAACACACCGUGAGGAGCCUGGACCGGGCCCUGGAGGAGGCGGGCAACUCCGGCAUCCUGAGCCUCAGUGGUAGGAAACUCCGAGACUUCCCGGGCAGCGGCUACGACCUGACGGACACCACCCAAGCAGAUCUUUCAAGAAAUCGUUUUACAGAAAUUCCUUCUGAUGUCUGGUUAUUUGCACCUCUUGAAACGUUAAAUUUAUAUCAUAAUUGCAUCAAAACCAUUCCUGAAGCCAUUAAAAACCUACAGAUGUUAACAUACCUUAAUAUUAGUCGAAAUCUUUUAUCAACAUUGCCAAAAUACCUAUUUGAUCUUCCCCUUAAAGUUUUGGUCCUCAGUAAUAAUAAACUGGUAUCCAUUCCAGAAGAAAUCGGGAAGUUAAAAGAUUUAAUGGAAUUGGAUAUUAGCUGCAAUGAGAUUCAAGUUCUUCCCCAACAAAUGGGAAAAUUACAAUCACUUAGAGAGCUAAAUAUAAGAAGAAAUAAUCUUCAUGUAUUGCCAGAUGAAUUAGGAGAUCUUCCCUUAGUCAAGCUGGAUUUCUCUUGUAAUAAAGUGACCGAAAUUCCAGUUUGUUACAGGAAGCUGCAUCAUUUACAAGUAAUAAUUUUGGAUAACAAUCCAUUGCAAGUACCACCAGCGCAGAUAUGUUUAAAAGGUAAAGUACACAUAUUUAAAUACUUAAAUAUCCAAGCAUGUUGCAGAAUGGAUAAGAAACCAGAUUCUCUGGAUCUUCCAUCACUGAGUAAAAGAAUGCCCUCCCAACCUCUCACAGACAGUAUGGAAGAUUUUUAUCCAAAUAAAAAUCAUGGCCCUGACUCUGGAAUUGGAAGUGAUAAUGGAGAGAAACGAUUGUCUACAACGGAACCAUCAGAUGACGACACAAUCAGCCUUCAUUCUCAAGUCUCAGAAUCAAAUAGAGAGCAGACAUCAAGAAAUGACAGUCACUCAGUAGGAAGUAAACCUGAUUCUCAGAAAGACCAGGAGGUGUAUGAUUUUACUGACCCCAACACAGAUGAUGUAGCAGUUCCUGAACAGGGAGAUGCACCUAUUGGAUCAUUUGUCGCUUUCCUUAAGGGAAAAGAAAAAGGCCCUGAAAAAUCUCAGAAAAAUGAAGAAUUGGGAGAUGAAAAGAGGCUUGGGAAAGAGCAAUUACUUGCCGAGGAAGAAGAUGAUGGUUUGAAAGAAGUAACUGAUUUGAGGAAAAUAGCCGCUCAGUUAUUGCAGCAAGAGCAGAAGAACAGAGCAUCAUUCAGUGAAAAACUCUUCCAGAGGACCAGAGCAGCAGGACGUGCAUCAAGGAUUCUUAAUCAUUCAACUUCUGUCACAAGAAACAAGCCAAAACAAACUGUGGAAUGCGAAAAGAGUGUCUCAGCAGAUGAAGUUAAUUCACCAUUAUCACCCCUCACAUGGCAGCCCUUAGAAAGUCAAAAGGAUCAAAUAGAUGAACAACAGUGGCCAGAAUCUCAGCCUAUAAUCUGGCAGAGUGAAGAAAGGAGGCGGAGCAAACAGAUUAGAAAAGAAUAUUUCAAGUAUAAAUCAUCAAGGAAGAGUUCAAGUGGCAAUGAAAACGAUGAGCAAGACAGUGAUAAUGCUAAUAUGUCACCACAAUCUCCAGUAUCAUCUGAGGAGUAUGAUAGAACUGAUGCUUUUUCACAUGGUCCCUUUGGCUUGAAGCCUAGAUCAGCUUUUAGCCGCUCAUCUCGUCAGGAAUAUGGGGCAGCAGAUCCAGGUUUUACAAUGAGAAGAAAGAUGGAACAUCUACGGGAAGAACGAGAGCAAAUACGACAACUUCGCAAUAAUCUUGAAUCCAGGUUAAAAGUAAUUUUGCCUGAUGACAUUGGAGCUGCACUGAUGGAUGGGGUUGUUCUUUGCCAUUUAGCCAAUCACAUAAGGCCACGCUCUGUAGCUAGUAUUCAUGUGCCAUCACCAGCAGUGCCUAAACUUAGCAUGGCAAAAUGUCGAAGAAAUGUAGAAAAUUUUCUUGAUGCUUGUAAAAAGUUGGGUGUCUCACAGGAAAGACUCUGUUUGCCUCAUCAUAUUUUGGAAGAAAGAGGUCUUGUGAAAGUUGGUGUCACAGUUCAGGCUCUUCUUGAAUUACCUACAACCAAGUCAUCUCAGCUUUCUACGGCUUGAUAUAACAUUUAAAAAUCAUCAGUGUCUAGUUUCAUUUGAAGUGAUUUCAAAUAUCUCAAAUUGAUGAAUAAGGAUGUCUAAUCAAAAAUAAUUUUAUUACAUCAAGCCUUAGGUUUAAGAAAUAUUAUGUUAAAAGAUUAAAAUUCAAUUUUGCAUUGCCCAAACUUCUUUUGGGGGAAAACUGGAUCAACUUAAUAAGAGUUUUUGAUAAAUUCAAAUUCUCUUUUUACUAAGUCAGCUGAUAACCUUGAUUAUUUUUCAAUAAUCAGAUUAAUACUAAAUUUAAAAUGUGGUUUCAAUUCAAUAAUCACAUUAGGUUUAAUUUUUUUGUCAUAGCAUACUGGUGAACAUGUGGAUAAGUUGGAUCUUAAAAAAACGGCAUUGACAUAAUCAAUCUCUAGUGAAAACUUGGGUAAUAAAGGUAAGAAAUGACAAAUACCUUAGUUGUUAGUUUUUAAUGUAAAAUUUUGACAAUGUUACAAAUAAAGUGAUCAUUAAAAGCUACAGCAAUCAUUCAUACUGCUUUCAUAGUUAUCAUGCUGUAGGAUUCCUCUUGUUAAUCAAUCUAGAUGUUAAUUAUUUUACAAGUAUCUUCAUGUUUCAUAUCACUGAAAUAUUAGUGAAAUUAUAGGCCAUUUCCUUAUUGCAUUUCACUUACUUGUCAAUUAAUUAUUACUUUAAAGAGAAAAUACACCAGAACCUUUGUAGCAUUCUUUACUGCAAAGCAAAAUUGCAUUUAAGAUGGGUCUAUCUGAGGUCCAUACCAUGGCAGUUUAUUUACUGUAGUGGCAAAAGGCAACAUCACCUCUAUGGCAGUUUCACAGCAUAGUCCCCAAGCACAUAUUAUACCAAGGCUCUGAUGUAUUUCUUUUAGUAUUUUUGAGUAAGUGUAAAAUUAUUCUAAAUGGUCUUUAUGGUUAUUAUAUAUUUACUUCAUCAGUUAUUGAAUUAAGAAUAAUUAUCAUUAUUUGAAUUGGAUUUGUGAUUUGAAGGAGGUUAAAUAAUCAAACUAAAAUAUUUUAUUAGGACCUAAAACAUGCAGUAGAUAGCUGCUUCUGCUAAAUUUUAUUCCUGUAUCGCACAAGAAAGAGGUGAUGUCAGAUAUGUUAGAACUGAAAUAAGGAGUAAAAAUACAUUACCAUUUGUUUCAUAAUUAUCUUUACAGAAUGCUAGUUUAUUGACUUUUCUAACUGAAUUUUUUGAAGAAUUCAGAAAUGUUUGUAUUGGUCACAGAUCUAUCAUGAUUGAUUUUCUGAUGCAUUUAAAAAUAAAUGGAACACUAAAUGUAUAUUACUGAUGCAAACUGUGGAUAAAG